AUGUGUUACUCACGACUUACACCUUAUCCGGUUGCUGAAGUUGUUCAAAGUGCCAACGGACACGAGGAUGAGAUGCCACUUCUCGGUGAGGAAGAUGGUGAUGAAGUUGUUGAUUUCAACGGAGAUCUCAACGGAAGUCUCAACGAAGAAGUCAAUGUAAUAGAAGCUGCAGAAGGUAUCAACGAAAUUGGAAACGAAGAAGCUGCUAGCAAUGCAAUCAUCGGAGAAAUUCAUGGCGGAGUCGAUGAUGAAGCCAACGUAGGAGGCGAUCAAGGAGCCAACGAAGCUGCUAAUCCAGAUUUGGAACUUCAACUUCUUCGUUCAAUUGCCGAAGCAGCUUUGGAGAAUCAACGUCUCAUCUUGACUGUUCGUCAUUUUCAACUAGUCAUUGAACAACAAACUCAACUCUUGGAGCGUCGUGUUCAAGAGCAUCUCGGAAUGGAUUUGAAUAAUAACGAAGAUGAACCAGAGGAUGUCGACGAGGAGGCAGAUGACGAGGAAGAGGAUGAGGAGAUUGAUGUGGUCAACGUGGAUGAUCAGAUGCCACCUGGAGAAGAUGCCAAACUUCCAGACUUGGAUCAACCAUCCGCUUCUUCUUAA